AUGACGGCACCGCCAUUCGUCAUGUCAAGCAUCGCAGAGACCGAGACCAUGUGCGACGACCUGCUCAUAAUGCUCCUGGCGCGCAAGGACUACCCUCGAAAAAAGAAUAUCACUGUAGAUGAGCUCCGCCCUGUCUUCUGGAAGCUUGUCUUCUCCGACGGCUGGGACACGUCUCAACCCAACCCCAAGCCUACCGCCUUCGAACCCAUGCGCGAAUCGAUGAACGAUUACAAAGGCAUCCACAUCGGUCAAUACUUUGACGAAGGCAAUGGAAGAAGGGGCUCUUGGGAACAGGCAUGGCUGAAGGUUCAAUUAAAGGAGGACGACCUGUCCUUCUGUUGGUACGGCUUGAAGGGUGAACGAACUCUAACAAUAGAAGUCUUGUGGCUAAGAGGGACGGGCGACGUAAAGGCAAAGGCGGUCAACGACUGGGAUGCGAGAGAACUGACCAAGGUCAGCGAUUGGAACGCUGAUAUGAUCAGGUUCUGGGGUCGACAGCGUCUCCUGAAAUUCGUCAGGGAGCUAAACGGAAACACCUCCGAUGACGGCCAGACAGAAUACGUUUUUGACGAAGUUGAGGAAGAUGUCCAGAAUCUCGAGAAACCCCGUCUUUGCCGACAAAUUCUCCGAGAGAAGAUCAAGAGAGAGCGACUGGAGAUCGGUCGGAUUGCCAAGAGCCAGACACAGAACCUCAGUGUUGCUGAUCUAUAUGACAGCCAUCAAGGCGACCAAAUCAACAACAAAUUAAAGGAGGAUGAUGUUCACCUGAAGGAACUGAGGGAGGCGAAGGAGAUGCUGCUGCAGUUAUUAACGGAGGCUCAGGUGGACUACGAACGGCACUAUUGGUAG